CCGCCUCACACCCAUCACCACUAACAUUGGUUAUGGGUAAUAACACUUUCCAUCACAACUAUUUUUGGAAAACGGGUUUAUUUUAGACCUUCCCUCCCCCAAAGGAUACACUGAAAACACUCUGCCAAGGACACAGCCUCCUACAAGCCACAGCCCAUUAAGCCAGCGAGGAAACAGAAACUUUUCCCCCAGCCCUGCUCCUAGAUGUACUUCUUCAGAGGGAAAAAGAAAAAGAAAAGAGGGGAUGGGGAAAGCCAGGAAACCGUGCAAGGCUGCACACGUGUGAGGCCCAGGGAAGUCCCUCACAACACUCAGCUGCCCCUCUCCCACCCACCCUGUGUGUAGGAGCCCAGUGUGGAGCGGCCUGGGCGCCCAGCUGGCAGGGGCUCACCGUCCGGUGAGCGGCUAGUUUCAGCAGAGGCCCACAGCAUGAAUGGGGCAGCCCUUUGGAGGCUGGAUGCCGGGUGCCUCAGCGAGGGUGAGCCCUUGGGCGCCCAGGUAGUCUCCAUCAGCCGGCUCAUGGGCUUGCCUCUCUUUGGCCGCAGGUUGGCUGCAGGCCCCAGGCUCAUGACCUCCCUCAAGGAGCAGGCGGCCAUCAGCCGGCUGCUGGGCUUCCUCCAGGAGUGGGAUGACGCCGGCAAGGCUGCCAGAAGCCACAUCCUGGACAAGUUCAUCAGAUUCAACUGUGGCAAGACAGCCCCAGAGCUGGAGCAGGAGUUUUCCCAAGGGGCCAGCUUGUUCCUGGUGCGGCUGACCACGUGGCUGCGGCUCACCUACAUGACUGGGGCCUGCUUGAAUAAGCUGCUGAGGUCUAUCGGCAUCUUUCUCUCUGCUGUGAGCUGUAAUCGGUACCUUGUGGAGUUCCUUGAGGUUGGAGGAGUCUUAACCCUCUUGGAAAUCCUGGGGCUGGAGAAAAUAAAGGAAGAGGACAAAAAGGAGGCCAUCCUGCUGCUCCAGAUGAUCGCCAGCUGUGGACGGAAGUAUAAGGAGCUCAUCUGUGAGAGCUACGGUGUGCGGUCCAUUGCAGAAUUUAUGGCAAAGUCCAAGAGCGAAGACACCCAGGAGGAGGUGCAGAUCCUGCUGGACUCUUUAGUCCACGGGAACCCCAAGUACCAGAACCAGGUGUACAAAGGCCUGAUUGCUCUGAUGCCUUGCGCCUCCCCCAGAGCCCAGCAGCUGUCCCUUCAGACACUCAGGGUGGCCCAGGCCAUUGUGGGGACCGUGCACCCCACCAUAGACUUUCUAAUGGGGGUACUGCGCACCAUGCACCUGGAAGUCCAGUAUGAAGCCAUCGAGCUGAUCAAAGACCUCAUCAACACUGACGUCCGGACUGCUCUGCUUAAAGGCCUGGUUGCGCUCCUGAAACCCUCUGCCAAAGACACCGCCAAGCUUCAUCCCAAGGUCUUAGAAGACCCAACAGUAUUCCAGGUCUCUGGCCACCUCCCUGUGUUUCUGCAGCAAGCUGCAGCUGCCAAGUCCAUUGGGGUCAUAUCUCGGAGCUCCAUGGCUGUGGCGGAGGAGUUAUUGUCUCUGCAGGUAGUCAGUCACCUUAUGUAUGCCAUGGGCAACCAGGACCAUAGCAACGGGCAGCGACUGGCCAGCCUCACCUUGGAGUACUUUGUCCAGACGUUUCCCAUAGCGGAGGAGCAUGUACACAUGGCCAUGGGGGACACUCUGUUUGAGCUUUUCAUGAGCAAUGCAGAGGACUUGUACAUGAAUAUGGACAGCAUCCAAGCUGACAUCCUGGCCUCCAACAAGACCAACAUCCCUGAGGCUUUAGGCAUCUCCUCUUCCAACAUCUCCAUGACUGCCUACAAGGGCCUUGGAGUCCCCAGGUCUGGGGAGGAAAAUGACAUGACAGAGGAGAGAGCUAAGGGUAGUGAAGAGCUGGUCAAGUUCCACUAAAGCCGUCCCACCUCUGGCCUCGUACCUUCAUCCCUGCCUGCUGGCUGCUCAUCAGACUGGGGAGAAGGGAGGCCAUUGAGGCUGAUGAGGUGUGGCAGCAGCUACGGGCAUGCGAGAAGGGGAGGCUUUCCACCACGGGGGGGGGGGGCCUUGGCUGCCCCUCCAGCCCCCCACCCAA